CCGCGGAGGCAGCAUGUAAACAUUUCGUAACCCAGCAUGGCCGCUCCGUUGGUCAGGAUCUUUACUAAGUCUUGCAUCAGACUGACCCCCCGACCAUGGGGGUCAUGCCAGGCUGGAUGGAGGGCCAGGUCCACCAGAUCUGCCCCGGACGUGGCUGCACACGAGGCGGCCGCGGGGGUCUCCUUCCCUCCCCUGCAGACUUACUCGGAGGAGGAGACCAUGAUGAGGGAGGCAGUGAAAAAAUAUGCCCAAGAGCGCAUCGCUCCAUUUGUGUCAAAGAUGGAUGAAAACUCUGUCAUGGAUGAGGAAGUGAUCAAAUCUCUCUUUGAACAAGGCCUCAUGGGCAUCGAGAUCGACCCAGAGUACGGUGGCACCGGCUCGACCUUCUUCUCCUCCAUUCUGGUCAUCGAGGAGUUGGCGAAGGUGGAUCCAUCGGUGGCAGUUCUGUGUGACAUCCAGAACACGCUGAUCAACACCCUCUUCACCAAACUGGGCACCCCAGCUCAGAAAGAGCAUUACCUCAGCCGUCUGUCAACUGACAUGAUCGGAAGCUUCUGCCUUUCCGAAGCAGAGUCGGGGAGUGAUGCCUUUUCUCUGAGGACGCGUGCUGAGAAACACAAGGACUAUUACAUCAUCAACGGAUCCAAGAUGUGGAUCAGUAAUGCAGAGCACGCAGGUGUUUUCCUGGUGAUGGCCAAUGUGGACUUCUCUGCUGGAUACAAAGGCAUCACCUGCUUCAUUGUGGAUCGGGACACCGAGGGGCUCGAGAUCUGCAAAAAGGAGAACAAGCUCGGCCUGCGUGCGUCCUCCACCUGCCCGCUCAACUUUGACAAUCUCAAGGUGCCAGAGAAGAACAUUUUGGGUCAGAUCGGUCACGGGUACAAAUAUGCCAUCGGCAUGUUGAAUGAAGGCCGGAUUGGGAUUGCAAGUCAGAUGCUUGGUCUGGCACAGGGCUGCUUCGACAACACCAUUCCUUACACAAGACAGAGGAAGCAGUUCGGAAAACGCAUCUUUGACUUCCAGGGCAUGCAGCACCAAAUUGCGCAUGUAGCGACGCAGAUCGAAGCCGCUCGGCUGCUGACGUACAACGCUGCUCGUCUGAAGGAAGCUGGGAGACCUUUCAUUAAGGAGGCCUGCAUGGCUAAAUACUUCACUGCAGAGCUUGCAACACAAACCACGUCGAAGUGCAUCGAGUGGAUGGGAGGGGUCGGCUUCACAAAGGACUAUCCCAUAGAGAAAUACUACAGAGACUGUAAAAUUGGCACCAUUUAUGAGGGCACGACGAAUGUUCAACUUUCCAGUAUAGCCAAGUUCAUCGAUAAGGAGUACGACUACUAAAAACUUCCAACAGGAACCUGAUCGAUUGCACUCUGCUGUGUUACACUCCAUACUAAAUAUGACUUUGGUGGGAUUAUUGCAGAAGCAGUGCAACGCUGUAGAACAGUUUUCAUCGAGUUUUAUUCCAAUUUCAACUUGUACACUUGUAAAGUAGUUCCCACUACCACUGUUGCUGAUUAAGUUAUAGUUCCCAUGCUUUGGGGUUGAAGUUUUAUUGUUCCGUUUGCCUUCUAUUGUCACUUCUUCAUUUUGAAAUACGACAGCAUUCUUCAUUGUAUCUCUACCACUUUCCUCUUUGUCCUCGUUUUUCCUUCUGUUUACUGAGAUGUCAUUAACAAAUCAUUUCAAAUAACUGUCUUUGUGUUGCAAUAUGAGAAUUAAUUAAGAUAUGAUUUUAGAUCUUAGUUUUAGACGUUUCAGUGCUUUCAGGAGGAUGGCUAUGGCUGAAAUCAGACGUCAGUAUUGUCUUUGCAGGAUACUGAAAUGUCAUGUAACAGUUUCAUGUCUCGUAAAUCCUGUAAAGUUCUGUGCUGCAAAAACGAGACAAGAUAUAAAUAUUAAAAUUGAUCUAUCAAAACCAAUAAAUCUUUUAAUAUGCUGUGAA